AUGAGUUCCCCUCUUUCUCCGGUGUUGGCUGACAUCGUAUUGGAUGACAUAGAGAUUUCUUAUUUCAAGAACUUAGAUUUCGAGAUUAAAACGUUUUACAGAUAUGUGGACGACGUUUUCACUGUUUUACCGGCUGACAAGAUUUCUUAUGUUCUUGAUCUUUUCAACAGCUAUCACCCGAGACUGAGUUUUACAACUGAAUUAGAAGCUGAUUGCUCUCUCAGUUUCUUGGACACCACUGUCAUUAGCGUCGACGAGGGCCGCCUGACCACUAAUUGGUAUCGCAAACCUUGCUUCUCGGGCCGAUACACUAAUUAUUUCGCGAACAACUCGUGGUCACAUAAGAUUAGUGUUGUCACUGGUUUAAUAGAUCGGGCCAUUUUACUGUUAGACGGGAGAUUCCAUGAGGACAAUAUAAAAAUAGUCAAAUCUAUGUUGUCAGAUAAUUGUUAUCCACUCGACUUUAUCAACAAACAUGUAAAUAAUAGACUGAACACACUUAGGCGUAGGGGUUGUUUUAGGAAUGACAACACAGCGGAACGUAGUAAUUGUAACAAUGACUCCGAAAGGACUGACAAUAAUAACAAAACCUUCUAG